GAUGUCGACAUAUUCCUAGACCUGCCCUGUGACAACGACAAUUCCUAGGUAUCUUUCACUUUCUCUCAACCAUCAAUGUCUUUUGUCCGCUUUCCUACACACCUACACUACCUUUUAAGCACAACACUUUACACAAUCAUUACCAUAUCAAUCAAUCAUGAAGAAAAAACAGAAUCAGAUCACCUUUGGCUUCUGCGACGUCAACACUGGCCAGAGAGUCUACCCUGCUCUUACUGACUUGCCUGAGAAGCUCCCUCCUGCGCAACAACUGUACACUACCCACGACAACAUGUACGCUGCCAUUACUUGCUCGCCACAGAUCGGCCAGCCAACUGUCAUCUCUAAAGACCAAGAUACAGUUCACUUCUGCGUGUUGUUGGAGACAUCUGCUUCAUCGCUAGUAAGCGAAGACCAGAUCAAAGUCACUAUCUGGCACAACCACAAAGGUCAACAUGAUUGGUCCGAUCUCCUCCUGCAGCCAUCUGCUGAUCACGAGGAUAUUCUUCUUGUGAACUCCAAGCCUGGUAUUGCUCGCAGAUGGUAUACUGGAGGAAUUUCCGGCAGACCCGAUGAUCUAAGACCAGUCUCUUUCACCGUCAAAUUCCAGGUCGGUGGCGACUCGGGCUGGAAAUGGAUCAAAGAUCAAAGCGGAUUGGAUGAUGGACAUCUACACUAUCAACAGUCUCAUGAAGGACUUGGCUUUCCUGAAUACUUUGGCGGCACCGGCUCCGACCUCAACAUUCGCAAGAUGACCGCCGAUACACCUGACACAAAACUGUAUUCUAUCACAGCUUCUGCCGCACCUGCCAAAGACGAAGACUCAGGCUACAGCAGACACGUUCUGGGUACACCAAAGGACUUCACACGCUUCUUCAGUCUGGUCCGACUCUGGUCUCCAUGGCUCGCACCACGUCAGGGCAAGGACAAGUUCCAUUUGGACAAGGACGCUGUUCUUGCAGCCUUCCUUCGUCACGAUGGAGCACACGUUGUCUGUCUUGCUAUCAGCGGUAUUGAGGACGUCCUCACUAUCUUCAAACAUGAUGACAACGGUAAUGUCAUCAUACAGGGUCGUAACGAUCGCGAAAAGGAAGGCACCAGUCAUGUGGUCGUCGCAGUCGCCGACUCAUUCGAAAUUGCCAAUGCUGCAGUCAUGUAUCAUGCGCGCAAGAUAGUCGGGGGCUAUGAGUUAGCUUCAGGUCAGGUCGAGACCGAGACAAAGGCCCUGACGGAGAAGAAUGUCAAAGCUGAAUGGCUUGAGGAGUGGUACGAUGGCUUCACGUACUGCACUUGGAACGGCCUAGGUCAGAGACUUACUGUCGACAAGAUCAAUGAGGCCUUGGAGUCCCUCAAGAAAGAGGAUAUCAUUAUCGAGAAUCUGAUCAUUGACGACAACUGGCAAUCGCUGUCAGAGGGUAAAGGUCAGAUGGAAAGAGGCUGGACCGACUUUGACGCGAACAAGGAGGGCUUCCCCCACGGUCUCAAGCACGCUGUUACGGAUAUUCGCAAGAAGCAUCCAAACAUCAAUCAUAUUGCUGUAUGGCAUGCUAUCCUGGGCUACUGGGGUGGCGUAGCCAAGGACGGUAACAUCGCAAAGAACUACAAGACCACAACAGUUCAGAAAGAGCCAGGAGUUGCCGAAGGAGAGAUGCUGGUCGUCGAUGCCUCCGAUGCUCAACGCAUGUACAACGACUUCUAUGCUUUCUUGGACGACUGCGGUAUCACUGGAGUCAAGACUGAUGCUCAGUUCUUCUUGGACAUGAUUGUCGACGCCCCUGAUCGCAGAAGCUUGACGACAGAGUACCAGGAUGCUUGGACAAUCGCUCAUCUCCGCCACUUCGGAUCAAGAGCCAUCUCGUGCAUGUCUCAGACGCCUCACAUCCUCUUCCACUCUCAGCUCCCUACCAACAAGCCUCGUCUGCUUGUUCGCAAUUCGGACGACUUCUUUCCAGAAGUUCCUGCCUCGCAUCCCUGGCACAUCUUUUGCAAUGCACACAACUCUCUGUUGACUCAGCACCUCAACGUUCUGCCUGACUGGGACAUGUUCCAGACAUCGCAUGAAUGGGCAUCAUUCCACGGUGCAGCUCGCUGUGUCUCUGGCGGUCCGAUCUACUUUACAGAUUACCCUGGCAAGCACGACAUCAAGCUGAUCAACCAAAUGACGGCCCGUACCACCAGAGGCAAGACCGUUAUCCUACGUCCUUACAACAUUGGAAAGAGCACAAACGCAUACGCUGGCUACGAAGACCACUCUCUUCUGAAGGUCCACACUUACCACGGGUAUGCCCGCACCGGAACUGCAUACCUCGGUGUCUUCAACUGCACUCAGCGACCAUUGUCUGAGCUCAUCCCUCUGUCAACCUUUGCAGGUGCCGAGGAAGGAAAACACAUCAUUCGUGCCUUCACCACUGGUGCCAUCAGCAAGCCUAUGUCUUGUGGCGAGAAGAAGGCUCUGACUGGCGUCGAGAUUGACGUUGGAGGUUGGGAGAUCUUGUCUGCUCAUCCCAUCCAUGAGCACACACUCCGUCGCAGUGGGCCCGUCGCCAUCACCUGCCUCGGUCUCAUUGGCAAGAUGACGGGAGCAGCCGCCAUAAUCAGCAGCGACAUCUACGUAGACACCCAAGGAAAGUUACGCUACUCCGCCCUCAUCAAAGCUCUCGGCGUACUUGGCUUCUGGAUCGGCGACUUGAGCAAGAGCUGGAGUGUCGAGAAGGACAUGCUGGUUCUGAUCUUUGGCAAGCAGAUUCCUACAGAGUGCGUCAGUGUCAAGGGCGACGUCUUGGAAAUUGAUGUCGACAGAGCUUGGAAGGAGACUGGACAGAAGGCUGGCUGGUCGAAUGAGAUUGAGGUUGAGUUGUUCAUCUCGUAGAUAGCUUGCUUCUACCCCUUUGCCUAGACUUCUAGAAGAGUCUUUUUUUUUUGGAUUUGGGGCUCUGCAAGUUUGGAAACGCAAGCUCUUGGUGUAAAUUAGGUCG